AUGUCCCUCACCUUCGAAUGCAUCCCCCUCACAGUGGAAGGUGUUAGCCUCAACCUAUCAACGAUCCAUAGCCUCAAUUCAAACCCACCAAUUUUCUUCCUCCACGGCUUCGGUUCCAGCAAAGAAGAUCUCGCCGAUCUAAAGCUCCAGCCAACCCUAAAGCACCAGCCAACCCUAAAGCACCAUGGCUUCAUUGCCUAUGAUGCCCCCAGCUGCGGCCACUCAGCAAGCAACAACGACUCCGCAACAGAUAUCCCGUUCCUCGUGGCGACCGCCGAAGCCUUCCUCGCGCGUUUCAAUAUAGACAAAUUCCACCUAAUAGGCCACUCAAUGGGUGGGUUAACAGCCCUCCUCCUCGCAAACCAACAUCCAACCCGUGUCCUCAGCUUUGUGGAUAUCAAGGGAAAUCUCGCACCAGAGGAUUGCUUCCUCAGCCGCCAGAUCUUCAUGUUCCCAGCCGAUGACGGAGAUGCGUUUAUGGAAGCUUUUAUUGAGCGCACACGCACAUCGGGAUCGUUUGCUAGUGCGAUGUAUGCUAGUACUCUGCGUGUCCAGGUCCGAGCUGGUGCGGUUCGGCCCAUUUUUGAGUCCAUGGUGCAGUUGACGGAUCAUGGGGACUUAAUGGAUAAGUUUCUGGCAUUGUCCUGUCCACGCAUGUUUAUGUUCGGGGAGGAGAUGCGUGGCUUGUCGUAUCUGCCGUUGUUGGAGAAGGAAGGUGUUGAAUUGGCCGAUAUCGUGAGCGCUGGGCAUUUCCCUAUGUAUUCUAACCCUAUAGAGAUGUAUCGCCGCAUCUCGGGGUUCUUGGAUCAGUGUGGAUAG